ACAGUUUUGUGCCUAAAAGAGGAGGGCAGAUCGUUCAUACUCCCUUCUGGCCCCACCGGCCUCUCUGUGGGCUGUGGCGAGUGCUCCCUCUGCUGUACACUAGGGAGAUUGUACACGGCUGUCCCUGGGCAGGGGCAAGUGAAGGAAAGGGAAAGGAGCCCAGUGCUUGAAGUCAGAACCACCGGAUGAGUUUCUCCCAUCUCACUCCUCAAAGCCAGCAUGGUUAGAGGAAGAAAUAGAAGGUCUAUGGCACUGAAAUCAUUUGAAACUUAUAUAGGCACAAUUUGUCCAUAACACCUCCCUCUCCCCUAACACACACACAUACACACCCCACCCAGGAAAACUCCUGCCCAGUUUCCCAAAAGAUUCCCAAGACUACAAGACUAGACCACCUCUGCCUCUUUGUGGCGUUUCUCCUUACCUACUCCUUGGCUGAGUGAUGCUCUCUGUUCAACCUGAUUUCUAUGGCAGGUGUCUUAGAGGGGUUGGGAGCACAGGGGAGGAAGUUCUGCUCAGGGUUCUGUGCCUGAGAUUGUCAUCUGACCUUCCCUAUUUCCCUCCACCUUUGUAACUUGCAGAUCUACCUUCCCCUUCUUCAGUGUCCCCACACCCUCCUUUGAGACAACAUGUUCAACUCGAUGACCCCACCACCAGUCAGUAGCUAUGGCGAGCCCUGCUGUGUCCGGCCCCUCCCCAGUCAGGGAGCCCCCAGCAUGGGGACAGAAGGACUGUCUGGUCUGCCCUUCUGCCACCAAGCCAACCUCAUGUCCGGCCCCCACAGUUAUGGGCCAGCCAGAGAGACCAACAGCUGCACUGAGGGCCCACUCUUUCCCCCUCCCCGGAGUGGAGUCAAGUUAACCAAGAAGCGGGCACUUUCCAUUUCACCUCUGUCGGAUGCCAGCCUGGACCUGCAGACAGUUAUUCGCACCUCGCCCAGCUCCCUUGUGGCUUUCAUCAACUCACGCUGCACGUCUCCAGGAGGCUCUUAUGGCCAUCUCUCCAUUGGCACCAUGAGCCCAUCUCUGGGAUUCCCACCCCAGAUGAAUCACCAAAAAGGGACCUCACCUUCCUUCGGGAUCCAACCCUGUGGUCCCCAUGACUCUGCCCGGAGUGGGAUGAUGCCUCAUCCUCAGACCCGGGGACCCCUCCCAACUUGCCAGCUGAAGUCUGAGCUGGACAUGCUGGUUGGCAAGUGCCCGGAGGAGCCCUUGGAAGGCGAUAUGUCCAGCCCCAACUCCACUGGCACACAGGAUCCCCUGUUGGGGAUGCUGGAUGGGCGAGAGGAUCUCGAGAGAGAGGAGAAGCCUGAGCCUGAAUCUGUGUAUGAGACUGACUGCCGCUGGGAUGGAUGCAGCCAGGAAUUUGACUCCCAGGAGCAGCUGGUGCACCACAUCAACAGUGAGCACAUCCAUGGGGAGCGGAAGGAGUUUGUGUGCCAUUGGGGGGGCUGCUCCAGGGAGCUGAGGCCCUUCAAAGCCCAGUACAUGCUGGUGGUGCACAUGCGCAGACACACAGGCGAGAAACCACACAAGUGCACGUUUGAAGGGUGCCGGAAGUCAUACUCACGCCUUGAAAACCUGAAGACGCACCUGCGGUCACACACGGGUGAGAAGCCAUACAUGUGUGAGCACGAGGGCUGCAGUAAAGCCUUCAGCAAUGCCAGUGACAGAGCCAAGCACCAGAAUCGGACCCACUCCAAUGAGAAGCCAUAUGUGUGUAAGCUCCCUGGCUGCACCAAACGCUACACAGAUCCCAGCUCGCUCCGAAAACAUGUCAAGACAGUACAUGGUCCUGAUGCUCAUGUGACCAAGCGGCACCGUGGGGAUGGCCCUCUGCCCCGGGUACAGUCCCUUUCCACAGUGGAGCCCAAGAGGGAGCUGGAAGGAGGCCCCAUCAGGGAGGAGAGCAGAUUGGCCGUGCCGGAGGGUGUCGUGAAGCCACAGCCAAGCCCUGGGGCCCAGUCGUCUUGCAGCAGUGACCACUCCCCGGCAGGCAGCGCAGCCAACACAGACAGUGGUGUAGAAAUGACUGGCAAUGCAGGGGGCAGCACUGAGGACCUGUCCAGCUUGGACGAGGGGCCUUGCAUUGCCGGCACUGGUCUGUCUACACUUCACCGCCUUGAGAACCUCAGGCUGGACCAGCUGCAUCAACUUCGGCCAAUAGGGACCCGGGGUCUCAAACUGCCCAGCUUGUCCCACACUGGCACCCCUGUAUCCCGCCGUCUGGGCCCCCCAGUGUCCCUUGACCGCCGCAGCAGCAGCUCCAGCAGCAUCAGUUCUGCUUAUACUGUCAGCCGCCGCUCCUCCCUGGCCUCUCCUUUUCCCCCAGGCUCCCCACCAGAGAAUGGCGCACCCUCCUUGCCUGGCCUCGCACCUGCCCAGCACUACCUGCUCCGGGCAAGAUAUGCCUCAGCCAGAGGGGGUGGUACCCCACCCACUGUAGCACCCAGCCUGGAUCAGAUGGGGGGUCUUCCUGCACCUCCUUGGAGAAGCCGAGCUGAAUAUCCAGGAUACAACCCCAAUGCAGGGGUCACCCGGAGGGCCAGUGACCCAGCCCGGGCUGCUGACCGCCCUGCUCCAGCCAGAGUCCAGCGGUUCAAGAGCCUAGGCUGUGUUCACACUUCCCUGACUGCGGCAGGCGGAGGAAGGAACCUUGAUCCCCACCUCCCAACCUCUGUCUAUUCACCACAGCCCCCCAGUAUCACUGAGAAUGUUGCCAUGGACACUAGAGGGCUACGGGAGGAGCCAGAGGUUGGGACCUCCAUGAUGGGCAGUGGUCUGAACCCCUAUAUGGACUUUCCACCUGCUGAUACUCUGGGAUAUGGGGGACUUGAGGAGGCAGCAGCUGAACCUUAUGGAGCUAGGGGUCCAGGCUCCCUGCCUCUUGGGCCUGGUCCACCCACCAACUACAGUCCCAACCCCUGUCCCCAGCAGAUCUCAUAUCCUGAUGCCACACCAGAAACAUGGGGUGAGUUCCCUUCCCACUCUGGGCUGUACCCAGGCCCCAAGGCUCCAGGUGGAGCCUAUAGCCAGUGUCCUCGACUUGAACAUUAUGGACAAGUGCAGGUCAAGCCGGAACAGGGGUGCCCAGUGGGGUCUGACUCGACAGGACUGGCAGCCUGCCUCAAUGCCCACCCCAAUGAGGGGCCUCCACGCCCACAGCCUCUGUUCUCCCACUACCCCCAGCCCCCUCCUACCCAAUAUCCCCAGCCAGGCCCCUAUACCCAGCCACCCCCUGAUUAUCUUCCUUCAGAGCCCAGGCCUGGCCUGGAUUUUGAUUCCCCCGCUCAUUCCACAGGACAGCUCAAGGCUCAGCGUGUGUGUAAUUACGUCCAGUCUCAACAGGAGCUGCUGUGGGAGGCUGGGGGCAGGGGAGAUGCUCCAGUCCAGGAACCUCCCUACCAGAGUCCCAAAUUCCUGGGGGGUUCCCAGGUUAGCCCAAACCCAAACCCUGCUAAAGCCCCAGUGACCACAUAUGGACCUGGCUUUGCACCCAACUUACCCAAUCACAAGUCAGGCUCCUAUCCCACCCCUUCACCAUGCCAUGAAAAUUUUGUGGUGGGGGCAAACAGGGCUUCCCACAGGGCAGCAGCACCACCCCGACUUCUGCCCCCACUGCCCACUUGCUAUGGGCCCCUCAAGGUGGGGGGCACCAACCCCAGCUGUGGCCAUCCUGAGGUGGGCAGGCUAGGAGGGGGUCCUGCCUUGUACCCACCUCCCGAAGGGCAGGUAUGUAACCCUCUGGACUCUCUUGAUCUUGAUAACACUCAGCUGGACUUUGUGGCUAUUCUGGAUGAGGCCCAGGGGCUGAGUCCUCCCCAUUCCCAUGAUCAGGGGGGCAGCUCUGAACACACCCCACCUCUCUCAGGGCCCCCCAACAUGGCUGUGGGCAACAUGAGUGUUUUACUGAGAUCCCUGCCUGGGGAGACACAAUUCCUCAACUCUAGUGCCUAAAGAGUGGGGAACCUUAUCCAUUGCAGAUCUGAUUUUCCUAAGGGGCUUCCAUCCCUCCAGGGAAUCAGGGGGAGAAGCUGCAGCCCCCUGCACAAGAUGCCCCAGGGAUGGGAGGUUGGACUGGUGGCUGUAUAUAGUCUGUACAUGUUUUGAGGAUGAAUUUGAUCAUGACACUGUUUCCUAUUAAUAAAGGAACUGCAUCAGAAA